AGCCCUCCAGAAUUUCAACCACCUAUUCCUGUCCCGGCUAACUUUAAUCAGCCACCCAGGCUUCCUCUUCAGGAGCCAUGGAGAGGUCCACACCCUCAAGAGAGAGAACCUUUCUUCAUUGGUGAGCCAAGGUUCCAAGGACAACAUAUGUUUGAACAAGGAAGUCCUCCACCCCCACUUAUGAACAACCAUACUAUGUCUUUGCAACCUCCCAUGGUGUACAGCCAUCCAGGCCCAGGUUUCAACCAGCAGGGACAGCAUCAUAUAUUUCCAAGGGAGGCUCCAAUAAGAACUAGUCUUCAACCACAGGGUCAUAUGGGAAUGUCUCCCUUUAACCAACCUGGUCCAUUGAAUCCCAGACCAUUCAUUCCUCCAAGACAGCAAUUUCCACAAGGUCCUGGACAACCAUUUCCACCAUCACCCCAUAUUCAACAAAAUCUGCAGCCACCCUUGCAACUGCAGCCACUGCCUCAACAUCAGCAUAACUGUUCCCCUCAACCGAUCAUUCCUAACGCACCACACCAGUUUAGGCCGCACUUACAGAUUCUUCCUACAUCUGUAAACGACAAACGACUUCAGCGUCCGCAGCGGCAGAAUACCAUGAAACCUCGGCAUAAUAUACCUGGAAUUCAAAACAUGAAUAAGCUACCAAAUCAAUUUCAAACAUCUGUUCAACGAAAUAGCAAUCUUCGUGAAUUGCCUAUUGCUCCUCAUAACAGUACUGUAAGACACCAUCGCCCUUUGUCAGCUCCUGCUGCUCAAACUACAUCCAUUUCCUGCACAAAACCUACAGCCUCGAUUGUAACCUCUUCACGCAUGAAACAGACUGCUCAAAGUGCACCUAACCUUCAAAGUUCACCUGGAGUGAGGGUGCCACAGAAGAACUUGCAACAAAAAGUCAAGAAACAAAAGCCAACGUCACAGGAUUCUACAGUAAUAGAGGUCAGAAUUUUCUCAAGCAUAUUUGUCAACAGAUUCUUUGAAACUCCACAUGGGUUAUUUGAAAAUCAUUAG